UGAAACAUUGAGUAGUCUUAUUUAUUUAUACGGACAAAACGUCAUCGUUUGCGAAAUUGCAAUUAUUUUUAUCCAAUAAUAAAAAACAAACCGAACCCUAACUUGUCACGGUUUAUUUUGAUUUUGCGUUCUUACAUUACAUUACAGACACAGGAAUCUCGUAUCUCUCUGCAAUUCAAUUCUUCAUCUUUCUUCAACACAAACUAUUUCUCUCAGUUCAAAUCUAAUUUUUCUUAGAAAAUUUCGUCGCAGAUAUGAUUUUCAACUAAUUAACUUAAUCUGCAUGUCAAUGGUAUCUAUCAUGGAAAAGGAACGAACUCGUAAACGACCUCGUCUCGCUUGGGAUGCAGCUCCACCUCCCUCAAUUCCACCGGCACAGAGAAUUUCGGCGGUGGUUGGUCAUGAAGGAAUCGAAAAAAAGUAUGCUUCGCCGCCGAGGAGAGACGAUGAUCGCGAUGGCCAUUAUGUCUUUAAUCUCGGCGAAAAUCUCACUCCUAGAUAUAAAAUUCUCAGCAAAAUGGGUGAAGGCACCUUUGGUCGAGUUUUGGAAUGUUGGGAUCGCCAAACAAGAGAUUAUGUAGCUAUCAAGGUAAUUAGAAGCAUCAAGAAAUAUCGCGACGCAGCAAUGAUCGAGGUUGAUGUACUUGAACGUCUUACGAAGAGUGAUGUGGGAUGCUCACGCUGUGUACAGAUCUUAAAUUGGUUUGAUUACCGGAAUCACAUAUGCAUUGUUUUUGAGAAGCUUGGACCAAGCUUAUUUGAUUUUCUAAAGAGAAAUAAAUACUGCCCAUUCCCUGUGGAUCUUGUUCGUGAAUUUGGACGACAGCUUUUGGAAUCUGUAGCAUAUAUGCAUGAACUGCGCCUAAUCCACACUGACCUGAAGCCUGAAAACAUACUUCUUGUUUCAUCUGACUAUGUAAAAGUUCCUAGUUGUAAGAGGGUUUUGUCAGAUGAAACACAAUUUAGGUGCUUGCCCAAGUCUAGUUCUAUUAAGCUGAUUGAUUUUGGAAGUACUGCAUUUGCAAAUCAGAGCCAUAGCUCCAUUGUUUCUACAAGGCAUUACAGAGCCCCUGAGGUUAUCUUAGGUCUAGGGUGGUCAUCCCCAUGUGAUUUGUGGAGUGUUGGAUGUAUUCUCAUCGAAUUAUGCACGGGAGGAGCGUUAUUUCAGACUCAUGAAAAUUUGGAGCACCUGGCAAUGAUGGAGAGAGUUUUGGGACCCUUACCACAGCAUAUGGUUCAAAGAUCUAAGGGUGUCGAAAAGUAUUUCAAGCGUGGAUCACGACUAAGAUGGCCUGAAGGAGCUGUUUCAAGAGAGAGCAUAAAUGCAGUGAAGAAGCUUGGUCAUCUCAAGGAUAUUAUAUCAAGUCAUGUCGAAUCUUCAAGGUCCUUAUUAACUGAUUUGUUAUAUGGCUUAUUAACAUAUGAUCCGGCCAAACGUAUUACUGCUCGCGAAGCCCUUGAUCAUCCUUUCUUUAGAAUUCCAACUUAAAAGCCAAAUGCCUUUUGUGGCGGGAUGACUCCCAUUUUAAUGAUUAUCAAUGCACGGGGUACAAUUUUGCUUUAAAUGGAUUUAUCAUUUAUUGCAGUGGUUUAGUCGCGUUGAAAAUAUUUUUUUUAUCAUGAUUCGUUUGAUUCAACAAACUGUAUUUGAAAUGGAUUGGUGGGAUAAGAACUCCAUGCUACAGAACAUAGUUACUGGAUAGAGGUAUUAUGUUGUGCUCGAGAAGGUGAAGUUUAAAAAGUAUCAAUAACAUAAUGCCGAAAAUUUGAAUGUAUCCAAACGUUGAAUAUUUUGAUCAUUCAGAUGGCACUUUGGUAAGCUUGACUCUCCCGGGCCAUCAUCAUUUGAAAGUUAAUUUUUGAGCUAUU